AAACCUUAUUUAUCUUCUAGAAUAACCUAUUGGAUCUGGCAAGAUGAUCGGAUUGUCCACGUUUCUCUGCAUCUCAAUCCUCUCCCUUGCUCUCUAUGCAAACGGGAACAAUGACUGCCCUCCUGACGAAGACAUACGGCCUUGCACGUGCGGUUCCACCGAUCUUUUGAGUGAAACGUCAGUGAAAGUGGACUGUUCGUUUUCCACCGGUGAGAAGAUGAGGUCGGCAUUCAACGAAGCCUCCUGGCCUUCCUCUCAACUCGCGCACUUCUAUCUACGAGAUAACGAAGAGGUGAAAGAGCUCCCCGAUGGAGUAUUCGGCAACAUCUCCUUCAAGUCUAUUAAGCUUUGGAAAACAGCCGUGGAGACAAUCCAUCCAUCAGUCAUCUUGUCCUCGAAAGACCGACUCUCCUAUCUGACCAUCGGUUACAGCCAUCUGGAGACGUUUCCCUUCGACCUUCUUCAAAGACUGUCACAUCUCGAGGGACUGAAUCUCGUGAUGAAUCUCUUGACAUCGCUCCCAGCCCUUCAGAGUGAUAGCCUGAGAGAACUCAAACUUCUAGGUAACAGGAUUUCGAAGGUGAAUGAAGACGGUUGGGCGACUCCUAACUUGAGGCUGCUGGAACUCGAUUACAAUCCCAUAUCGGUGUUCCCCUCGGCGGUCAUCAAGGGCUUGGAGAGACUGGAGGAAUUCACGUGUGUAUUCUGCAAUCUGGGACCUACCCUUUCAAGCGGGUUGCUGGAGUUCCACAGCUCGUCAUUGAUGAAGGUGUUGCUCGGUUUUAAUGAAAUAUCUGCAGUGGAUGCGGGAUCCAUCACAGGUGUUAUGCCGGACACGACCAUAAUUCUGAACUUCAAUGACGUCGUGACAUUGAAGGAGGAGACAUUCCGUCCCAUUCUGGAGGUCCUUUCUCGGGGAAACGGGUUCCUCAAUGUAACAGGUUACAACCUGUGA